AUGACUUCUUCAUUCGAUGAGGACUUCGAUUUCAUGAGAACAUUGAUGGCAAUAGCUUUUUUUAUAUUUGCUGGUAUGAUGAUUGCAAGUGCAAUAUUUAUCGUAGUGCAUCAAGUAAUCAAAUGCUUGCAGAAAGCAGGAAUAGCCAUUCCUGGAUAUGCCCCGAUCAGUACCACGGAUCAGGAAUCUCUUCUGGGAGAUAUUGCAAUUCCUCCUAGAAGCGACAGCGUUGUGGUGGCUAUACCACCUGAUUACCCAAGAGCUCGGGGCCCUCGGGUCACUUCCAUGGAGAGACUUCUCAGCACAAUUGCCAAAGAAAAACCCAAAAGAUGGACAUGGGAAAUGAUUGAGAAUGAUGAUUUAGCAGAGAUGCUGAAGCUCUGUGGUAUUGAUGAGAGAGACAGAGAGCAGGCAGAGAGAAUGUCCAUGGUGGCUCUUUGGUGUGUUCAGUACCAGCCAGAAUUAAGACCAAUGAUGAGCACUGUGGUGAAGAUGUUGGAAGGAGAAAUGGAAAUCACUCCACCUCCAUAUCCAAAAUUUCAGUAUUUGGAAUCUUUUUUUGAACGAAAUGGAUCGGUCAGUGGAGGCAAUGAAAGCUCAGAUCCUUUACCAUCAGCAACGAGAACUUCUGAACCAUCCAGUUCCAACCAUGUGGGCUAGUGGCAGCUCAAUUUUUUCAAGUAGUAUGUUGUUUUGUUUGUUUAUAUCAUGCACCUAAUAUCUCAUAGCUUCCCAUGUGAUGGUUUGGCUCGAGAGGUUGUUUGGAAAAUCUUAUGAAUAUAACUGGUCACGACACCACAAGUAUUGUCCUGCAUUGCAAUGGAUAGAUAUUAAACAUAAGCAUUGAUUAAUGUAACAUGCAGAGAAGAUUAAGGCUGCUAAAU